AUGAUCAAUAAUAGUAUCUGGCAUCAGGAAGUCAUACUGGUCAAGUUUCAGCUGUAUAUAUUCCUUAUAUUCAUCAGCGAAGAUCCCGAGUUCACGGACGUGAUCGAGAAUAUUACUGUGCCCGCGGGGCGUAACGUAAAAUUGGCUUGCUCAGUCAAGAACCUGGGAUCCUAUAAGGUCGCGUGGAUGCACUUCGAGCAGUCGGCCAUUCUCACAGUUCACAACCACGUGAUAACGCGUAAUCCGAGGAUUAGUGUCACCCACGAUAAGCACGACAAGCACCGCACCUGGUUCCUGCAUAUCAACAAUGUCCAGGAGGAGGACAGGGGCCGAUACAUGUGCCAAAUCAAUACGGUCACGGCCAAGACCCAGUAUGGAUUUGUCAAAGUAGUGGUGCCGCCCAAUAUAGACGACGCCCUGACCUCCAGUGACAUCAUCGUGCGCGAGGGCGAUAACGUUACGCUGCGCUGCAAGGCGAAAGGUAGUCCGGAGCCGACCAUCAAGUGGAAACGCGAUGACGGCAAUAAAAUCGUUGUCAACAAGACGCUCGAGGUGCACGACUUGGAGACGGACUCCCUGGAGCUGGAGCGGAUUUCGCGACUACACAUGGGCGCCUAUCUGUGCAUCGCCUCGAAUGGAGUGCCGCCCAGUGUGUCCAAGCGCAUCAAAGUCAGCGUGGACUUUUCGCCAAUGGUCUGGAUACCACAUCAGUUGGUGGGCAUUCCCAUUGGAUUCAACAUCACGCUGGAGUGCUUCAUCGAGGCGAAUCCCACAUCACUUAACUAUUGGACGCGCGAAAACGAUCAAAUGAUCACUGAGUCAUCAAAGUACAAUACCGAAACCAUACCCGGCCAUCCGUCGUACAAGGCGACCAUGCGGCUCACGAUUACCAACGUUCAGAGCAGCGAUUACGGCAACUACAAGUGCGUCGCCAAAAAUCCCCGGGGCGACAUGGACGGCAACAUAAAGCUCUACAUGUCCAGUCCGCCGACAACACAACCGCCACCCACAACCACAACGCUGCGGCGGACGACAACAACCGCGGCGGAAAUCGCACUGGACGGCUACAUCAACACGCCGCUGAAUGGCAUUGGCAUUGUGGGCGAAGGACCCACAAAUUCGGUGAUUGCGUCCGGCAAAUCGAGCAUUAAAUACCUAUCGAAUCUGAACGAGAUUGACAAGUCGAAGCAGAAGCUGACGGGCAGCAGCCCCAAGGGAUUCGACUGGUCCAAGGGCAAGAGCAGUGGGAGUCAUGGCAUCCUAGUGGCAACCAGUUGGCCCCUCACCUGCUGCAUCCUCGCGCUCCUCGCGCUGCUGGCGAGGCACUCUUGUGGUUGAGAAUUAUGCGCGAUUUCCAUUUUCCAUUUUAAUAAAGUGCCAUUACAAACUGUCGAAAUGAAAGGUGUACGAAGCCGAUGCAUACGAUUAGCCAUAACAACAGUGUAAUUAAUUAAGCGAAUUGCAAUUUGCAAACGUUAACGAAGUCUCUAAAGUCCCCCUCUGCAGCCCAUUAAUAUUUGAUUGCGUUCGGUGCCGAAAACCACAGCAUGUUAUUAGGCAAACAAAGGUACCAAAUUAAUGAACCUCGCAUAUUUGUUUACAACUCGUUCGGCAGCACUCUUAAAUAUUUUCUACACAUUCGGUUGGUUCAAAACUACCUCAGGGAAAUAAGUAUAUGUGGAUGCAUUUUUUUCCAAAAAAGUAUACUUUUAACAAAGUGAAUCCGGUCAAGCUUUUUUUUAAUUUAUAGGCCUUUUGAACCGCUAACAGAAUAUAUAAUAAUAAGACAUAGUUUAAUGGAAACUUAUAAAUAUAUUUUAUUAAAUUUAACAAGUCUUUAGGAAAUAAGUAUAUGUGUAUUUUUCAUUUGGUUCUCUUAAUCUUAUUAAUUGUUUCUGUAUUCAAUUAUUGUUUUUUAUUUUAGUAAUUUAUAUGCUUUCCCUUAGCCAUAAGAAGCUUAUGAAUGCGAUUUGGCAUAGAGUCUGCUAAAUUUUGGAGAGUUUCAUUGCUUAUUAGCUCCCACUCUGCAACCAAAACGUCUUUUAAUUGUCUGAUAUUGUCAAACUGCCGUCCAUUCUUAUAAAUUCUUGCUGAAAGAAUUCCCCAGAGGUCCUCAAUAGGGCUUAAGUCCGGACUAAUCGCUGGCCACUCCAGAAGUGGUAUAGAUUUUGAAGAAAAAAAUGUUUUUGUAGCACGUGAUGUAUGGAUUGGAGCGUUGUCCUGCUGAAAAGUCCAGUUAUCGGCGUAAAGCUCCGUUGCAAAGUCUAUUAAUUCUUCUUCCAGCAACUGGGUAUAUAUCUCGGAGUUUGUUUUGGUUGGAAUAAAACAAAUGCGAGACUUUCCUGCAUAUCCAAAAGCAGCCCAAACCAUCAGUGAUCCACCGCCAAAGUUCCUUUUGUGUCGUGUCUCUCGGGGAUGUCGUAAAUCACGCCAAUACUUAUGACACCCAUCUGGGCCAUCCAAAUUCCACUUUUUCUCAUCCGAAAAUAUAACACUGCGGAAUUCUUCGGUCCAAAAUUUGUAUUUUUCGGCAAAUGACAAACGUGAGCUUAUGUGACGUGGUAGUAGCAUUGGCACAGGCACCCGAGAGCUAUAUUUAACCGUCUUAUUUUCUGCCAAAAGCUGAUGAACCCGUCUCCUAGACACUUUGAGCUUCAAAUGGCGCUUAAUGUCGUUACAAGACAUUUGCUUGUUAACAGCUAGACGCUUAAUCUCGCGCUUGCACCUCUCGUCGAUGGUACUGGGUCUGCCACUGCGUUUGGCUUUUCCAUAAGAUUCCACGUUUUUUAAGAAAUUUGCAACCGUAUUUGGAUGUCUCGAAACUCUGGAAGCUAUUUCAGAAAUUUUGGCGCCACUUUCGCUCAAACCCAUAAUCAGACCGCGCUCUUCGGCAGACAAGUGUGUUCCACGAGGCAUUCUUAGAAAAAAACUGCAUUUUUUAUAGUGUUACAAGCGAUUAAUUGAUUACUUACAUAUUAUUUUUGUGUAAUUAAUUUAUUUUCUUUAGAAUACAGUCAAUUAACACCAAUUUACUCGAUCCAAAUAACACGCUGAUUGACAAAUGCGCACAAGCUUUUGUGUUCACAUAUACUUAUUUCCUAAGAAAAAAAAAUCGCGGCACACAAUUUUUCUAUAACGGUGCUACGAAUUGUGAGCAAAGAAGAAUUUUGCAUUUGCAUUGUAAGAACAGAAGGCAAGAGUAGAGUAUUGCAUACCAAUAAUAGAUUAAAAGCUACGAUUAUAGAAGAUAUAGGCUCAUAAACAGUAAAAAUAAUCAUACACAUAUACUUAUUUCCCUGAGGUACUAUCAGUUUACAUCUAUCGGCGAGGGUAUGCGCAUAAUGUUGCAAAAAGCAUUUCAGCAAAACAAAACCCAAAUACAUAAAUCCCGGUUAGUUAGAAAUAAAACCAAUUAAUUUACAUAAACAAGUGGAAAAAAUAUACCCUUCAAACGAUGCCAAAUUGUUAAAAAGAGCGCACUCACCUGCAAGCAAACUGUAAAUAAACGCGUAUAUGCAUGGAUAAAACCCAAAUGCAAUUGUAAAUUAUGUACUCGUUAUAGGCAUUAGAAAUGGAUGUUCAUUUGUACGAGAGUAGGCAUCAAACCAUUUAAAAACUAGAUACUUGACAGGAAAAAGAAAGGCUUAAAUACUCUAAAGAAACCAGGCACCUAAAAUGCAUUAAUCAAAAACCAUUAACCUAAAUAAGUAAAUAAGCAAAUAUGAGAUACGAAUAUUCACGAUUGAAGCGACAACUGUUGAUACAUAAUUUAGUUAGCUGAUCAGUUUUAAUAAGGGUUUACAUUUGAGAAAUAAUCGAGUUGCCAUAAAGCCAAAUCCAAAUAUGUAAGUUCUAAACUACUCAUACAGAAAUAUAUAUAUAUAUAUAUUUAAAUACCUACAUAUAUCAUAGGCCUUAGUUUGUGUUUCUUAACGAUAAGAGUGAUAAUGUAUAUUUAUUAACUUGCUCCCCGAGCGGAACAAACAGGCACUGCGAAAGAAACAAAUAAAAUAUCUAUGUAUUUGGGAUUGCUUCUUAA